AUGACUGGCGUUUCACUUGUGAGUGAUCAAAAUGACAUUCGUUCGCAUGCGGGAGAAGGAUCAUAUUCAACGCACCACCAGAUGUUGGAAAUUGAAGACGAAGAUAGCAAGAUACUCGUUAAUUUACAGUAUUAUGGGGAUAAUUCGUACAUGUGGCUCCUGAGUUGUCUACAUCUGCAUACCUUGUCGUUAACUCAACCAAGAAGAUUAAAGAUCUUGAAAUCUGUGUCACCAUUGCCUAUGGAACCAUGUCAUUCUGGCUUCGAAGAAAAGCCACAGAAAUGUGGAUGGGGUGAAUUUGAAAUAGAAAUCUCAAUAUUCUUCCAUGAUGAUGUCUCUGACAAGCAAUUAGACUUGUUUCAUCAUCUGAAGUUAUACUCUAAAGUGGAACAUGGUCCUUUAUCAACCAAGAAACCAGUGAUUGUUGAAUCUUAUGAUGAGAUUGUUUUCCCAAAUCCUCGUGAGAAGUUUCUUGUGUGA